AGUGUGAGAGAGGCAGCCUCGGGAGCGGACCAAUCAGGAGGCAGGCGCGGCGGCGGCAUCAGUCGGGAGAGGAGCGCAGUCAACGACUACUGCAGCGGGAAAUACAAUGUUCUCUUAUAUUUCGUGAUAUUAAUGUGUGGCAAAAUGGCAGAGGAGCUUCUCUCCUUAAAGUGGAAUAACCACCAGGCCCACUUUGUGGACAUCCUCACAUUCCUGCGGGAACAGGAAAUUUUUGUGGAUGCCACAUUGGCCUGUGGUGGGAAGCUUUAUGCAGCGCAUAAAUUUGUUCUCAGUACCUGUAGUGACUAUUUCAAACAGAUGUUUACAAAAAACCCGAGUAAACAUCCAAUAGUGUUUAUGAAAGAUGUGACAUCGCGUGAUCUCGAAGCACUUUUGGACUUCAUGUAUAAUGGUGAAGUGAAUGUUCCUCAGUCUAGUCUAGGAUCUCUAAUAAAAACAGCAGAAGGAUUACAGAUAAAAGGUUUAGCAGUGCCUGAUGAUCCACCUGCCCCGAAAAGAGAACGAGAUAGAGAAAGAGAUAAACGAGAAAGUAAAACACAGCUGGAACACUUUAGUCCCCCUGCCAAGAGACAAAGACCAAGAGAACGAUCUCCUCCCCAUUCAUCUCCAUCCCAACCACCUGUUUCACAUCCAUUAUCUUUACACACCCCAACUACACCUUCAGUAUCCAGAUCUCGAUCCCCAUUACCCCCAGCCCCUUCUGUUGGUGCUUCUCAAGUUGGUAUGCCCCCAGUGGAAGCAACUUUAGAUGAAGACAGUAGAACAAGUAUUCAAAGUGGUGUCAGUGGACUUAGUGAACAAAAUUCAAGCACAACACCUAGUCUAAGUUCUAAACAAGGCAGCAGUCAACCUCAAACAAACACUGGAGAAACCACCUCUCAUACAGACCAACUAACGCCCAGUCAUACUGGAGAAGAACCCUCCCCUGGACCCUCAGGGCUCCAUAAACCGCAGCAGUCAAAAGAAGAGCCUGAAUUUGAAAUAAAACAAGAGGAUGUGGUAGAUCUAGGUGAAGAUGAUGAAGGGGAUUGGGGUGUAGAAGGGGAUGGGGGAGGGGGAGACUCCUCAAUGGGGUCAGAAAAUCCCCCAAAUUUCCCUGAAGUUAUGUUACCUCACACAGAUGGCACCAUGCCUCCCACUGGAGAUCCAGCAAUGAUGGAUUGUGACGCACUUCGAUUUAGUCUCCGAUGUCGAUGUUGUGACAAGUCCUUUAGUAAUCGUUCCAAUCUUCAGCGUCACCUUGCAUCACAAGCAAAUUAUAGGCCGUACUCAUGUCCAGUCUGCACUAAGGCUUUUGCCCGCAAAGAUGUUUUAAAGCGACAUGUAUUGAAGCAUAAUCUUUCCCAGUCACUUCAUGCUAUUUUGCCAGAGCCUCCAGGAAUAGUGUCCCUCAGUCCUCCCUAUUAAAUAAUGUAGCUGUUGAUGAUCCAUCAUAUACUGUAGCAUGUUUACAGUUACUCACUUGUCUUCAUCAUACUAUGCUCAUUUUAAACAUAGAAAUUUUUAACUGUAUUUAACCUUAUUAUUAAAUUACUACUUAUCUGACAAUUGUUAUUUAUGUAUUUGUUUCAUAAGUUAUCUUUAAUCUGAUUUGGACAGCUAUAGAUUUAAUUCAUGAAAUAUUGUUAAUGUAGAGCCACAUAAUUUAAGGGUUUAUUUUAUAUAAUUUUUGCAGUACUAUAAUUGUAUAACAGACAAAUGUAAAUGGGCUCAGAUAAAUGAAUAACUUUUAGUUUUUGAAACAUGACACAUUAUGUGAUGUCUUGACAAGAUUAUUUAGGGAAAACUUAGCAAUAAUUUAUGAGGAAAUGAACUUGUUUUAAGCUGAUAUAAAGAAAAGUGUAAAUCUGAGUAUGCUCACAUUUGUAAAGCCCCAAGCUCAAUUGUAAGGUGGACAAAACACUGGAUAAGUUUUAUCCCACAUUUGUUUUUGUAAUGUCAUCAUAAAUUUGUUACAGACAUCACUCACAGAGAUCACAAUAAUGCGAUGCAUCAAAUGAACAAAUCCUCGUCACGGCCCUUGUGGAUUUGUUACAGACAUGUUUACAUUCUCGUAUAAGAAGUGUCGACCUGCUACUUCUUUGGCAUGAAAAGCAUUGAGAGUGAUCAGUAAUUGCUAAAUUAUUCUGAUCCUGAUAUUUCUCCAUUAGUGAUUGUCUUCACCUCUUGCAGCCAUAAACACCUCUGAAAGGUAAAAAAACUAUUCUAUACAGUAUUUAGGUAUUGUUGCAGCAUUAUUGAUCUGACAUAGUAAUAUAGGCCAUGAACAGUUAACAUUGUUUAUUCUGAUAUGGUAUCUUCAUCUAUGAAGUAGUCGAUCUUAACAUGACAUCUAUGGUGCAGCUUUCAUGUAAAAAUUUGUAUUAAUAAAAAUCAAGACAUAAUGAAGGCUGUGAUGUUUAUUUUGUGAAAUCUGAAAAGUUGAAGAUAGAUUUUUAUAUAUCUUUAACUCUGAUGCUGGAGUGGCCGGGUGGAAGGGAAGGUAAAGAUGCAGCAGUCACAUAUCUGUAUCUUCUUCUACUCCAAAAGUUAUAUACUGUAGUGAAUCCCAUCAGUUUUAGUUCACUGCCAUAAACUAGAGAAAAAUGUUUGAGGUAAGUAAUGCCUCAGUAGUAAAUAAGUUUGUAACGCUACAGUAUUUCAUUCUCUUCCCUAGUCAAAGGCAUAAGAUUAAUAUGUAAUCAACUAUCUCAAUGAGUAGAUCAUAUUGCUAUGACAUUUAUUUCAAGUACACAAACCUUAUGAGUUUCCAGAGCUCAUUCUGAAAUGCUACAGAAUAUGUUACAACCAAAUUAACACUUCAUUAUACACCUAUUUGUGAUGGUAAAUAUAACAAACUACACAAACUUUGAUGCCAGUAAAGUUGUAGCCAUAUUCAGAUUAUCUUGGACAAUCCUCCCACCCUCAAAAAAUCAAAAUUAAAUAUAUUGAACGAAAUACUGAACCAGCACUGUGCAUUUUUUUACUGUUCAAAAUUAAUUAUGCUUUUUAAUUAGAUAACUAAUAAUCAACCGUAAUCCAUUUCAGGGAUUAACAUAAAAUCAUUUGUUUCUGCAUAUCACUUAUAGUCUGUGUGUAUCUCAUCACCCUGACUCUCUCCUACAGCUUGUCCAGCCUUUCCUUGCGGUUAAUUGAAACAAGUCAGCCACAGGUAUUAUAGUCUAGAUGGACUAUUGCAGACGAUGAGUCACAAUAACAUGGCUGUAGAUAUGAUGACCAAAUCACAUACCAGAAGAGAGGAGACGACGUCAAUCACACAAUCGACUUGAUUAUGGUCCAGGACUGACGAAACGUCGUCAUCUCCUCAUCAUCUGGUGUGAGGUUUGGUCAUCAGAUGGACUAUUCCUUUCAUGCACUCAUAUGUGUGCACAAUUCACACUACAAAUGUGACUCAUGUCUGCAGAAGACAGCAUUAACCAACUGUUAAUGCAUUAAGCCACAUGUUUCGAGAAUGGACUCCUCUGAAUCAGUAUGAACUCUAAUUGUUAAGGUUACUUACCUCCAUUGCAAGAUAGUUACUUCUCAUUGUCUCCCCUGUCUUGCCAAACUCAAAAUUCUAGCACUUCUCCUUUAUAUACAAUACUUGGUUUGACCAAAAUAUUGGGUGUUAUUGAUUUUAUAUAUUAAGUUAGUCCUUCUAUUAGUAUUUUUGUGUCUGGUUUAUAAAUUUUCAGUCAAUAGACAUUUUCUUGAAAUUUUACAUAGACAUAUAUAGUAUCUCAAAUGAGAGAAUUGUCACAUAAUAAAUUCAAGUUGCAACUUUAAAAUUUAAAGUCACAACCAUGAAAUUUUGAGCCAAAUUUCUGAAAUAUUAUUAACAAGUUCUCUGGUGUGUAAUGUUGUAAGCACCUGUUAAAAAUAAGUAGAACAAAUAAAACACUGUCCAUCCGUCUGUCCGUCCAUAAUAUUUUCCAGAUGGGCGUAUUAGGUGCUGUUUAAAAAACAUGUUUCUGGUGUGUGACAUGACAUUUGAAGUACCUAUGUAUGGUGUGUGGCUUUCUACUUGCAAUACAGUCCUUGUGUAUGGUGUGUGAUAUGUUGUUUGAGAUGCUCUUGGUACCAGUAUAUGUUGCAUCUGUUUGUGAUAUUUAAGUCUGCUGUGUGACAUGUCAUUUGCAAUACCUGUGAUGUGUGGCAUAUUGUUUGACUUGCAACAUACCAUUUGUGGUACCUCUAGUGUGUGGCAUACCAUAUGCAAUGCUUGUGUCUGGCGUUUGAUAUUCCAUUAGCAGAAGCUUUACAGUAUUUGUUAUGUUGCAUGACCAUUUAAGUACACAUGUCAUUUGUGUAGUACAAGUACACUGUAUAUCAUUUGUGAUAUGUACUUGUGUUUGGUAUGUGGCAUACCAUAUGUGUUACUUGCAUGUGGUGUGUGGCAUGCCAUAUGUACUACUUGCAUGUGGUGUGUGGCAUACCAUAUGUGUUACUUGCAUGUGGUGUGUGGCAUGCCAUAUGUGCUACUUGCAUGUGGUGUGUGGCAUGCCAUAUGUACUACUUGCAUGUGGUGUGUGACAUGCCAUAU